UUUUCUGGUCGAAUUGUUUUGACAGUAAAUUUCAUGAAGAGUUCUAAAUUCUUAACUUUUGUUCGAAAUUUCGUGAAAAACAUUAUUUUACGGCUUACCGAAUUUUCGACUUAGAAUGGACGUCAGAGAGGUGUGUAGGACAUGCCUGAAACGAGCCACGGAAAUGCGGUCCAUCUACGAAAAUGAUGAUAGCGAACAGGACCUGUCAACAAUGAUAACAUCCAUUUCAGAUACCACGGCCUCGGAACUGGAUGGACUGCCGAGCCAAAUUUGUAUCGAGUGUCUCGGCACUCUGCGACAGUCGGUUCAGUUCAAACAACAGUGCGAAAAUGCCUACGAAACGUUGAAAAGUGUGCUCGGCGUUUCGAUCGAAUCAACAAAGCCAUUGGAAGAACCGGGUGCGGUGGUGGAAAGUGAUGUCGGCGAUGCAAUCGAAUCGGAUUCGAGUGACCACUUGUACACAGAUCAUCGGGUCGAUACGCAACAUUGCGGUCCGAACGAAAAGUCCAUUCAAACGGAAGACAUUUGCUUCUAUCCGUGCGAGAUGUGCGAACUGAAAUUUUUCAAGGAAGAAGCGCUGAAAGAGCAUCGAUUGAUGCACAAGAACAAGGAGACCGGUUUCAAGUGUCGCAAUUGCGACCGGAAUUACACGAGGCUGUCACAUUUGCGACGGCACAUCAAUGCCGCACAUCCCGAGGUGAAUAUCAGCGGAAAACUGGACGACAUUUACUGUAAACAGUGUGACAAACACUUUACGCGACACGAACAUUUACGCCGGCAUAUGCUGGUGCUGCAUCCGGAGCAGACGGAAAAGGCAAAGUUGAAAUUGGAAAGCGACGGCGAAUCGGUUAAAUGUGGCGGAUGCGGUCUAGGGUUUCCGAAUCAACAUUGUUUCGAUCAACACGAGAACUGCGAAGCCAAAAUUGCGAUACUGGACGAGAAGCUUAGCAUCGCGAAAAUGGAGUGCACUGAGGAGGAAAUAGUUUUCGAGCCGGAAAUCAGCGUCGAAGCCUGUACGACCGAUGUGCCUGUAAAGUCGGAAAUCACAUCCGAUGAUGAUGAGCCGAUGAUUCCUGCCGAGGACGAGGACUCUUCGUAUGCAAUCGAAACGGCAGAGGACGAAAAUCAAAUGGACACAAUUGCAGGCGAUUGUACAUCGGACGGAGUCGCCAUUUCGAAAGGACGACGUGCGAAAAAAUCAGCAAAACAAUCGCCGAAACCGAAACGACCGACCGGCCAGCAGGAGAAAGUUCACCAAUGCGCCAAAUGUGAGAAGAUUUUCAACCGAGCGACGCAUUUGAAACGGCACAUGGCAACACACAGUGAUGUCAAACCGUACAGUUGUGAAAUAUGCGACAAGCGUUUCCGGCGACCUGAUCACCUGAACAUCCAUCGACACCAUCAUUCGUCCGUUAAGCCGCACAUUUGUGACAUAUGCCAGAAGGGAUUCACACGAUCGGAACAUCUGCGGAAGCAUAAGGAAUGCCGGCACGGCGACAAGAGCCAGGUGACGAUAAAAACGGAAUUCUGUGAUAUUUGUCAGAAAGGAUUUACGACACCGAAGUAUCUGCAAGUUCACAUGAAAUCGCACACCGAUCGCACGUUUGCCUGCAAAUUUUGUGAGGAAAAAUUCGGAACCAAGGCCGAAUUGAACGAACAUCAAAAAACGCAUGUCAACGAACGACCGUUCCUUUGCUCCGAGUGUGGACUGAGAUUCGUGCGGAACGAUUACUUGGUCAUUCAUAUGAGGCGACACAAAGGCGAAAAGCCGUACAAAUGCAAAUACUGCAACAAAGGCUUCCCACGAGCAACGGACUUGACCGUUCACGAGCGCUAUCAUACCGGCGAAAAGACACAUUUGUGUACGAUAUGCGGAAAGGGCUUCCAACGUGCCUAUAAUUUACUUGUCCAUACCAGAGUGCAUACAGGCGAACGACCGUACAAAUGUCCCCACUGCAUCAAAAGUUUCGCUCAGGGCAAUGACCUCAAAGCUCACGUACGCCGACACACCGGGGAACGCUACAAAUGUGAAAUUUGCAACGAGGGUUUCAUUCAGGGCUACCACUUGACGCAGCACAAACGAAAUGUCCACGGCAUUGACAUGAAGUCGCACAUUCGUCGCGUGGAGAAAUUUAUUCCGCCCGCUGAAAGUGUGGACAUUCAAGAAAUGGAUUUGUACCGAAUGCAACAGAGCGAACAUUUGCGCAAAUUGCAGCAACAAGCCGACGAUGAACCGGUGGACUUUCGUAAUCACUUUAAGGUGGUCAACGAUGACGGCACCAUCGAAUUGUUGGGUGGAGUGGUGGAAAGUGGCGCCACGGAAAUGAUCAAAAUUGAGCAUACACAACAUUUGUCGCAAGAUUCACGAUCGUCGGACAUAACCGUCACCCAACCGAACAUUCUACUGACGAAUGCCGACGAACAACUCGACGACCAAGCCGAUGGACUUAUGCCGCUAAACAUCUUCUCUGGCCUGCAUUCCAAACUAAAAUUGUCGACCAGUUUCCAACAGUAGCAGUAACGAAAUGUAGAUUCACGCCCCACCCACACUUUUAAGCAAUCUGUUUUCCGGUACGAAAAGUUGGCCCGUUCCGACCGCAAUAAAAAGCUCUGUACAAAGAU